CUUAAAGCAUAACGAACCGUUAAACCCCCACCAAAAAACCCAACUAAUUUUUGCUUUUCAAAUUCCUUGUCCACUUCCCAUUGCGCGCGCCCUCUGCUUUUUCUCUCAGAUUAUGAACGAGAAAUGAUGGUGGACCAAAAAGGGGGAAAUUUUGAACCUAAUUCUGUACCUUUAUGUACGGACGUUCCUGAUGGGAUGAUUUCUGAGAAGAAGAAGAAGAAGAAGAAAAAGAAAAAGAAUAAGAAGAAAGGAAAGAUCUGUGAUGGGGUUUCGGACCAGACCCAGGAUUUAUCGUCAGUUGGUGUGCGGGAUUCUUGUAAUUCUUCAAAGAUGAGCAAUUGUGGGUUUGAUGAUGGAAGCAGUAGUAGUUUUGUUGAGGUUGAAGUUAAAGAUUCGAAAGGCGGUGUUUCUGAAGGUACCGAGACUGGAACCGGGAGAGCCUGCGGUAAAAAUGGAAAGGAAAACAGAUGUUUAGGUCACAAUUGGAAGAUGAAGCGGGAAGCACGAAAGAAUUGGGUGAAGGAACUAGGUUACAGAUAUGGAGUAAAACAUGUUCAUCCGCCGCAGAAUCAGGUAUGGGUUGAGCAUGAUUCAUUUUCUGGAGAUGUGUUGUUGCCUAGCAACAAUGCUGCUUAUGGGUUUAAGGGGAUGGCACACGAACAGUCAUCUAUGCAUCGGAGAAUUCCGCCAAGAGCAUUUGUAGGGGAUGAAUCAUCACAAUGGGUUUUUUCUCAGCAGAGGUUGAAUGGGAGUUUUCAUAGAUGUGUCUCACAACCAAGUAAAUUUCAAGGUGCCGAAAAUGAUUGGGAAACAUCAACUAAUUUGUAUAGGCGUGAGAAUUUCAAUGGGAAAAAAGAGUAUUCACAGGUUCCUUUUGGUAUGUACCAUUACCAGACUAGAGACACUGCAAGAAGAACGUUUUACCAUGCUCAUCAUGUUCCCAGUCAUGGUUUUCGACCAUACAAACUCGGGAAGAAUCCAAUCAUGGAGCAUAAUUUUGGUAGGUGUUCGUAUGCUUCUUUGGACAGUAUGCCAUACUCACAGUUCAGAUAUCACAGUGAUCAAAAGUUUAGGAAAGCUGCUAAUUCUGGACCAAGUUCUCAUCAAUGGAAACCUGUUGGUACAAAAGAUUCCAGGCGAAAUGAGGGGAUUGGCUCUGCUGGAACUUGCGAUGCUUUAAACCUUAGCUUACCAGUUUUAAGUAAGGAGUUGAGCGAUAACCAUCAGGAAGGAGGUCAAAUUCCUUUCCCUUCAUCUGAUACAAGAUGCGCAGACUCAAUAUCUAGCCAUCAAUUGCCUUCAGACUCUUAUCAGUGCCCAAAAUUCUAUAAGUCCGCUGCUGAAAUAGAGAAUCAGAACAUUGAAAGUAACGGUUAUGAAGCAAAUGGUAGAAGACCAAGGGCCACCGACGAGUUCCUGAUUGGCUCACAAAUGGCAGUGGAAGGUCUAAAUGCUUCUUACAGAAUGCAAUUAGCAUCUGAGCUUGUUCAGCUUACAAUGGGAUGUCCCCUUGCAGAGUUUGAAAGAUUCAUCCACUGUGCUGCUCCUGUUAUUGCAUCUUCAUAUGUGCAUAAAAAAUGUUCUAUUUACUUGGAUGAUCAGAUGUCUCAUGGUUUCCUGUGCAAGCACCAGAUACCGAAUUUAUCACUUUCCACUGUUUGGAACUGGUAUGAGAAACCAGGGAACUACGGAAUGGAUGUCAAGGCAGAUGAUUCAAAAAACCUCGAUAGUUCAAUGCCAUUCCAUGCUUAUUUUGUUCCUUACCUUUCCGCUGUUCAGUUGUUUCAACCCCAAAACUCUUGUUCCAAAACAUUGAAUGCAACACACUCUUCAAAAGCAACUGAGCUCAACCAUCUUCAGGCAGGGACAGAGAAACAUGAUGGAAGUGUCCCUUUGACUCUAGAUUGUUCACCUGAUUCAGAGCUCAUAUUUGAAUUUUUUGAGUCUGAGCAGCCAUAUCAGCGAAAGCCUUUCUACAAUAAAGUUUUGGAGCUAACUGAUGUUGGAACUUCUAAUCAUCACAUAUUUGGUGACCCGUCAAAGCUAGAUUGUCUGAAUUUGCACGAUUUACAUCCUGCAUCUUGGUUUUCGGUGGCCUGGUAUCCUAUAUAUCGAAUUCCAGAAGGCAACCUACGUGCUACAUUCUUGACUUACCAUUCACUUGGACAUUUUGUACAGAGGCCUAUUUCAGUUGAUCCUGCCAAUAAGUACACAAGUCGCAUCGUCUGCCCUGUGUUAGGAUUGCAAAGCUACAACGCACAUGGUGAAUGCUGGUUUGAACCCAAAACACCUUCCGUACAUUCUUCAAACGAAUCUACUUCUAACAGUGUAGAAAUUCUCAAAGAAAGGCUCAGAACGUUGGAGGAUAAUGCAUUACGUUUUGGUAGAGGCUGCGUUUACAAGGAUCACGUCAUGGUUUCCAACAGGCAGCCAGAUUACAAGUUCUUCAGUUCUCGAAAAACACAUUAUAAAUAGUUACAUACGAAUGAUACCAUCUAUUUCUGGUUUUGUGAAUUUGAGUUUGCCUGCAUAGCGAAGAUUUGUAAAGGGAAGAAGAUUUGUAAAUGGAUAAAGAUCUGUAAAGGGUAAAGCGUAAAGGAAAGGAAGUGUACUCCUGUACUUCGGCGCCUUGGUUUGGUUGAUAACAAAGUGAAAGUGAUUUAGUGA